AUGCCAGGGCAGCAGGCCGCCGAGGGUGGGGCUUUCCUCUUGGGCAGCAGUUGGUCAGGGGCGCAGCAUACGACAAGUCGGGACAUGGAGCUAUGGAAGCAAAUGUUCCAGGAAUUAAUUCAGGAAGUGAAGCCAUGGCACAAAUGGACCCUGACAGUAGACAAAGACCUUCUUCCCAGCAGCCUGAAGCCAGGAUGGUUACAGUACCAGCAGAGGGCUUUUGCCAGGUUCCAGUGCUCCCUGUGCUCUCGCAGUUGGGCCUCUGCUCAAGUUCAGGUCCUUUUCCACAUGCACAAGAGUGGGGGGGAACCCAGGGGCAAGGUGAAGAUGAGGGUCUUUGCCCAGAGAUGUCAGAGGUGCAAUCAGUCUCCAUUCGAGGUUCCCGAGUUCACAAAAGAGAACAUCUCAAGGAUCCUGAACAACCUGGUGUUCCGAAUUCUGAAGAAAUGCUACAGAGAAGGAUUUAGGUCCAUGGAGACGAUACCUACCAUCAAGGAAAUCUCUCUUGAAGGGCCGCAUGACAGUAACAACUGCGAGGCAUGUCUGUCGGGCUUUUGUGCUCAGAGUGGGUCAGGUGAGGCCCUGCAGUCACCAGUGUUGCCGUCACUUCCUGCCGUUAGCUCACCUGCCCUUGGGACCGCCAUCCCCAUGCCCUCUCCCACUAGGAGUGCAGUGAGGGAGAACGCCAUGGGAAACAAGGGAAAGGCUUUACCCCAACCCUGGUAUACUGUGUCCACAAAGGCUGCGAUCCUCCCCACCCACUGGAGCCCGAGACCAAACACCCACCACCACGUGGAGAGGAGAAUCCAGGUCAGCACCUGGAGUGAGGUGCCCUGUUGCCACACAGUCCAGAAUCUCAGGUGCAGGAACUUUAACGCUUGCUGCUGUUUUUUCAUUCUGAUCAUUGUCGUGGUGAUUAUCGUAGAGACCAUUCAGUGGACCUCCACAUGA